AUGGAGAGAGCAAGAAACCAAAACCCAAACACGAUUGAAGGAGCCAUGGUUGCUGGUCCUGGCAAGCAUGAUGUGAUGGGUUCCGCGAUGUCCGUACUAACUACAACUACACUGAACCGACCCUUGCUGGAAAUGCUGGUCUGGUCGCAGCUCUCGUGGCAUUAUAGACAAAAACACCUCUCGUGGCAUUAUAGACAAAUGCUGAUGGGUGACGAAGACACCUCUAGUACUAUAGACAAAAACACUAUUUUUUCAGCUGUUCCUCCUUUCUUCCCGACUCCACCGCCGCCACCAGCACCAUGGAGACCUUGA